CUGACAGCGGAAGUGAAGAAAGAGCGCGUCAAAAUGGAGGACUAGGUUACCAAAACAGAAAUUUACCACGAAUAUGACAGCAUUUAGCACGGAGCAUGCAUUUUCAGCAUUUGAAAAACAACUGAGAACUCUAUGUUUACGAGAAUUUCCAUGUGGAACUGGUUCAUGGUCAGAAACUAAAACUAAAAAUCAUCAGCUGCUUAAAUCAAAGGACAAUGUGGAUAGUCGGUUUUCUGUAACUUUGAAAGAGUAUGGUGCUAACCAUGAGAAGACUGAAAAACUAGAAGAAUAUGUGACUUCCAAAUCCUCCCCCUGGCAUUUGGACUACAGCUGGAGUAAGGAAGCCAAGAAGCUGAGGGAGUUGGCUGUGAAAUCCCCAUGGCUUAUAGAUGACAACUUUAUUCUUAAUUUUUUCAAAACACUAAGAAUCUGUGAUAAAGAUGUAACAGAAGUGGAUGAUCAUCUACUGAAUUUCAAGGUGUUAGAAGAAUUAACACUGAGUGCCAACAGAAUCAUAACAGUCAACUCAAAAAACUUACCAUCAUCUCUUAAGGUUUUGGAAUUGUGUGCCAAUCAGAUCAGUGAUAUAUCAGCAUUAUGUGUCCGUCCACCACCACUGAUCCAUCUUGGAUUAGGAUCAAACAAAAUCUCCUUCAUAGGCGAUUACUUAACUGGCGAUUAUUGGCCCCAUCUACUCUCAUUAGAUCUAAGCCAUAACAAUUUAAGUGAUCUCCUGGAUGUCAUUAGAAAGCUUGGAUCCUUACCAAAGUUACGGAAUCUUAUUCUUCAGGGAAAUCCCCUAUCACUGAUUCCAGGUUACCGUGGUUACACAAUAGACAGUUUAUGGAAGCUCAGUAUUCUGGAUGACAUCAUGAUAUCAGCUGAUGAAAAACAUCACUACAAAGGCCUGGCCAGAAGAAGGGAAUACAUUUUGGAUGAAGCUAAAGUGUCUUUAGAAGUUGCAUACAUCAAAGGGGUGCCAAUGCCAGAGGAAUUGAAGAAUCCCGAAGAACAACCUGAAUUUCCAAAAGUAGAGAGGAAAUAUUUCGUGCAGUUCAUGUUUCCUCAAGAUGUGUCGCAAAAAGCAGAAAUCUUCCAAAUCACAGACGAUGACUUUGCUGGUCUGUCUCCGUUGCCAGUGUCAGAAAGGUCACAGUUCACACAACAGCAACAGAAAAAGACGGUCCACUUUAAGACUAGUCCAAUUCCUGAGGAGGAUGAAUUACGAUUGCACUCAGAACAGAGUCAGAACACAGAGGCUGUCAAAAACGUGAACUUCACUGCUCAGCCAGAAGUUGUGUCGGCUAGAGAACCGACGGCUGAAUAUGAGCGACCCCCAGAUGAGAUCCCCAUCUCAGUGACCCCCAAACAUAGUGAGUUAAUGAAUCAGGAAGAGGAAGAGAAGGCUAAAACAGAUAUUCAAAUGGAGGCAAUUAAGUCGGAGGGAGGAAUGUGGGCAGAGGAGAUGGAACUGAACUGGUCUCAAGUGGCAGUCAGGGAUGAUCUUCUGACCCUGCGGAACUUUUUCAAGCAAGGAAUGGAUUUUUCUGUAGUAGAAGAACUUGUUCUUUGCUAUCAGAAUGAUGACGUGUCAGAUCCAGGCACACCCACUACUAAAGGCAAGGAGGUCAAGGACAAAAAAGACAACAAGGACGCCAAGAAAUCAGAUAAGAAAGAUGAUAAAGGAAAAGGAGGAAAAGAUGAAAAGAAAGAUGACAAGAAAGGAGGCAAGAAAGGUAAAAAAGAACCAGAGGUUGAGCUGAAGCGGAUGCCAGCCACCUACACCACUCUGGCCACCUGGCACAUUCCAUUGAUGGAUUUCCUAGAGGGAGAGUUUGAAUUCCGAUCUGUCUUCACUCAGGGAGGAGUGGAGGUAGCUUCUACAGUCAAGAGUUUGGAAAUUAACAAAAAAGAAAAAGACAAGAAAAAACCAGGCUCAUCAAAAGCAAAGAAAGAUGGAAAAGGCAGUGCAAGAUCUCGAUCAAGGGAGAAAACUCCUAGCUCAGUGAGCUCACAUGGUGGAAGAAAACUGAGUGCAGCUGGGCAGAAGAAUGCCAAGGACGAUAAAAAGGGUGACAAAGGCAAAGGGGGUAAAGCCCCUGCUGCACAGGUGGCAGAGGAAGAGGAGGAUCAGGGGCCACCCCCUCCAUUGGAGGUCCAGAUAGUAGUCAGGCUUCAUCACUGGAAAACUGCCAUGGACUCUUUAAAAGAGGAGGAAGAAAAGAACAAGGCCAUGGCUGAAGAGCAACAACAAGGAUGAUGACCUGAUUAUCUGAACGUUGAAUUUCCCUUGGUAUGAAUAUUGACAGAUUUGUUAAGUUUCAUCUUCAUCUCGCUGAUUGUCUCCAUUCAAUCCAAAUAGACAAACUAUUCGGGUGGUAUUUAUGUGAUUUCAUCAGUUGCAUUGAAAGUAUGAUUACAUAAUCCAGUAAUCUACUUUUCAAUUUAUAACAGAGGCUCAGAUUGUUAAGCAUUUGUAAAGAAUGACUAUUGUAGCAUAAUAUUGAAAAUCCACAAGAGCACCCAUUGUAUGGACAAAUACUGUAUAUAUACAUUGUCACUAUGAUGAAUUCUGUACAGAUAAUGUGAUAUCAUGACUAUCUAUGUUUUCUGUGAUAAUUAAUAAAAUGUUACUUGUUUCAAA